CCCGACGCACUUUACGGCGCCCUGCCGUGUUGCGCGGCGCUGGUGGAAGUGGCGGCAGUGCUGGCUCGGCCCCAGCGUUCUAUAUAGGCGUACUGUGGCGGUGAGCUCGCGCUGGGAUGAGCGCGGGGUGCCGAGUCGCGGAGUGGAGUCAUGGCCAGUACAGUGGUAGCAGUCGGAUUGACCAUUGCUGCUGCAGGAUUCGCAGGUCGUUAUGUUUUACAAGCCAUGAAGCAUAUGGAACCUCAAGUAAAACAAGUUUUUCAGAGCCUACCAAAAUCUGCCUUCAGUGGUGGGUACUAUAGAGGUGGGUUUGAACCCAAAAUGACCAAGCGGGAAGCAGCAUUAAUAUUAGGUGUAAGCCCUACUGCCAAUAAAGGGAAGAUCAGGGAUGCUCAUCGGCGGAUUAUGCUCUUAAACCACCCAGACAAGGGAGGAUCUCCUUAUAUAGCAGCCAAAAUCAAUGAAGCUAAAGACUUACUAGAAGGACAAGCUAAAAAAUAAAGUAAUCUGAUGAAUUUUAAGUCUAUUAGUCUACUUAUGAGCAUGUUUUGUAAUAAAAUGCCUCAGAGCUAUAACUCAUG